AUGAACUCCAGCCAGAACUUCAGCCAGACCACCUCAGGCUUCCUCCAUGGCACGGGAAGAGGCCAGGGCUGGCUGGGCUGCUUCCCUCGAGCCCCCAGCGUUCAUGGUGGAGCAGGGGGCAUCCGUAUCUCCCUGUCCUUCAUGAAGCCAAACUGCCUACCCCCAGGAGGGUCAUGGGGAUCCCAAAGCAGUGAGUCCCUCGUAGGUGGGAAUGGGAAAGCGAUGUUGCAGAACCUCAACCAGCGCCUGGCCUCCUACCUGGAGAAGGUGCGUGCCCUGGAGGAGGCCAAUGAGAAGCUGGAAAGUCACAUCCUGAAGUGGCACCAGCAGAAGGACCCCGGCAAGAAGCAAGAUUACUCACACUAUGAAGAGAACAUCAGUCACCUGCAGGAGCAGAUAACAGAUGGUAAAAUGGCCAAUGCUCAGAUCAGUCUACUCAUUGGCAAUGCCAAGAUGGCAGUGGAUGACUUCAGUCUCAAGUAUGAAAAUGAACACUCCUUCAAGAAAGACUUGGAAAUUGAAGUUGAGGGCCUCCGGAAGACCUUGGAUAAUCUGACCAUUGUCACAACAGACCUAGAACAAGAGGUUGAAGGGAUGAGGAAAGAACUCAUACUUAUGAAGAAGCACCAUGAGCAGGAAAUGGAGGAACAGCAUGUGCCAAAUGACUUCAAGGUCAAUGUGAAGGUGGAUACAACCCCAGGGGAAGAUCUGAUUAAGAUCUUGGAGGACAUGAGGCAGGAAUAUGAGUUUAUAAUAAAGAAGAAGCAUCAAGACUUGGACACUUGGUUUAAAGAGCAGUCUGCAGCUAUGUCCCAGGAAGUGGCCAGUCCAGCAGUUGUUCAGAGUGGCCAAAGUGACAUCCAUGAGCUGAAGCGGACUUUCCAGGCACUGGAGAUUGACCUGCAGGCACAGUACAACAGGAAAUCCGCUUUGGAAAACAUGCUGUCAGAGACCCAGUCUCGGUAUGCCUGCCAACUCCAGGACAUGCAGCAAAUCAUCUCCCACUACGAGGAAGAACUGAGGCAGCUCCGCCGUGACCUGGAGCGUCAGAACAGUGAAUACAAGGUCCUCUUAGGCAUCAAAACCCACCUAGAAAAGGAGAUUGCUACCUACCGCCAGCUCCUGGAGGGAGAGACUGAAGGGGUAAUGGAAGAAUCUAAGUCAAGUGUGAAAGUGUCUACAGCUCCAAAGAUCAAGGCCAUCACACAAGAAAGCAUCAAUGGAAGAAUAGUUCUUUCUCAAGUGAAUGAAAUCCAAAAGCAUGCAUGA